CAUGAUAUCGCAGUGUAUGAUCCGUUGUCCAUAUUAUAGGCCUAAGAGUUUGUUUGCUGGCAAUCGGUUUCAUAGGAAUUGCUUUGAAGGGAUGUUCGCCUGUUUUAAAGAAUGCUCUAGUAAGCCAACGAUCGACUCUGACAAGACAAUCGGACCAAACGAUAUGGCCCAGCAACUUGCGCAGUCGUCAGGUUCCGGGCAGUCAUUGACUACAAGGGGGUCGUCAAUAGAAAAGCCUAAACAGAAGCAGAUUAUUUUUGGUGAAGAAAGACUGUUUUUAACACAAAUAAAAAAGAAGUUUAUACCUCUCAAGUGAAGUGAUGAUUUUAACAGAAAGUUUAAUAAAGAUACAUGUUUGAACAGAAGUACAAAAGCAAACAACAUGAGUGACAAUUUCAAAGAAAACAGAAAAAAAACAACGCAAAAAGCGCUAGUUUAAAAAGGAUGUCACUAUAGUUGCAAUCAUAAUCAAGAAAAAAGUCAACAAUUAAAGCAAAAAAUGUCUCAGGAUUCUAUUCCGACGAUAAAAUUUAACUGCGACUCGGAAAGCUCCAAUGAAGAACUGGAUGACAAUAAGAUUUGGAACAGUCGUGGCAAAAUAAGAGAAGGGAACCAAGGAGGGCUUAGUUCUCAAGAUAGCGAUGGAUACAUAGAGGGACAUUUGGGGACAAGAAUUCCUGGGCUUAGUUCUCAAGAUAGCGAUGGAUACGUAGAGGGGCAUUUGGGUACGAGAAUUCCCUCGCGUUCAAAGUUUGACCUUGCGAAGCAGGAACAUGAGGGCGCAUACUAUGUACAGCGACAGCAGCUCCAUGCCAUGUACGCCCGCACGGCGUUGGAGCAUAAAUGUAUGCUGGAUAUCGACUCUGACCCACACAGCGCGCGGAUGACUGGCAUCAUUUGUACCAUUGGCCCAUCUUGCAGGGAUGUGAAGAUGCUUCAGAAGAUGAUUAUUGAUGGCAUGAACAUUGCAAGGCUGAAUUUCUCUCAUGGGACGCAUGAGUACCACCUGGGAACGGUCAAGAACAUCCGAGAGGCAGUCAGCCAGUUCAGUCACCCACGGCCUGUAGCCAUCGCAUUGGACACCAAGGGACCGGAAAUUCGAACUGGGCUGCUAGAAGGGGGAGGCUCGGCGGUGGUUAUCCUGGAGACGGGCAAGAUGAUCAAGCUGACCAUCGAUGAUGCAUGGUACGAGAAGGGAACCAAAGACUGCAUCUGGAUUGACUACAAGAACAUCGUGAAAGUACUCAAAGUUGGCGAUAAAUGCUACAUCGAUGAUGGACUGAUUUCUGUCAUUGUCAAGGAAAUUGGGGAGAAUUUCCUCUUGUGCCAGAUUGAGAACGGAGGAGAGCUGGGCAGCAAGAAAGGAUGUAACCUCCCUGGAAUUAAAGUGGACUUGCCAGCAGUGUCUGAUAUUGAUAAGAGAGAUUUGAGGUUCGGUGUUGAAAAUGGGGUGGACAUGAUUUUUGCUUCGUUCAUCCGAUCUGCUGAAGGGGUCCGUGAGAUAAGACAGAUACUCGGUGAGAAGGGAAAGCAUAUCAAGAUCAUUGCCAAGAUUGAGAACCAUGAGGGGGUGAAGAGGUUUGACGAGAUUCUUGCGGUAGCUGAUGGAAUCAUGGUUGCCCGUGGCGACCUGGGUAUUGAAAUUCCGGCGGAAAAAGUCUUCCUGGCCCAGAAGAUGAUGAUUGGUCGAUGUAACCGUGCCGGAAAGGCAGUUAUUUGCGCUACCCAGAUGCUGGAAAGCAUGAUCACGAAGCCUCGCCCAACUCGUGCGGAGACAAGUGACGUUGCCAACGCUGUUCUGGAUGGAGCAGAUUGCGUGAUGCUGUCUGGAGAAACUGCCAAGGGAGACUACCCACUGGAAUGUCUUAGGGUCAUGCACAAUAUCUGCAGAGAGGCAGAGUCAGCCAUGUUCCACCACCAACUGUUUGAGGAACUUCGCAAGGAGACACCAGUGCCCACAGACCCAACCCACACCGUUGCUGUGGCUGCCGUCGAAGCCUCGUUUAAGAGCAUGGCAACUGCCAUCAUCGUAAUCACCACCACUGGAAGGUCUGCAUUCCUCAUCUCUGCAUAUCGCCCACGCUGUCCAGUGAUGGCGAUCACCCGUAAUGCACAGACAGCACGUCAGGCCCACCUGUACAGAGGCGUCUUCCCUAUCCAUUAUAUAGACGGAGUUAUGAACGAAUGGACAGUGGACGUGGAUAGGCGUAUCUACAAGGGCAUAGGGAUUGGCAUGGAUAGAGGCUUCAUUAAGGUCGGAGACCCAGUUGUAAUUGUAUCAGGCUGGAAGCCCGGUAGCGGUUCCACCAACACGAUGCGGGUUGUGUAUGCCGUCAAUCCCAAUGCCCAUGGCCUUCUGGCACCAAUCACAGGCAUCUCGAGUGUGCCCAGCUUCAGCCGCAUCGAGGAGGGCGAGGGCUCCGAUCCCAGCAUUGACAGUCUGGCACAAGGAAUGGGCGAUAGGAUUAAGUUCUUUUAGACGGCAAAUUAAAGAAACCAACAACAGAGAAAAUAACUUUGUUGUCGUCGUUGUUGCCUGUAUAUACAUUUUAGUUUAAGUGUCCCUAGAAAGAGGGAGCAAAAAAAUGUUGUUUUUUUAAGGGGAGGGAUGUUGGUUUGUUAGAAGCUUUCGGUGGAAGGAGCUGCUAUAAUUAAGGUUAUUUAUUGUAUUUAACAAUAACAUUAUGGGGUGGGUGGAGUAGGGAUUUUUGUUCAUAUCUGGGAUAGUACAAAGCCUCAACAUAGGGACAGGAAGUGGUUAUGUUGUGUAAAUUUAUCAAUGUUUAGUUUUUAUGCGUGUUCAGAGUGGAAUAGGCACCAAAUUGUGGGACUGAUAUUAUUAAUUUUUCAGUUUUGCACCUGCUUGAAAUGAGCCGUUUUGGGGUUAUUGUCAAGCAUAGUUCAAAGCUUAGGUCAUGAGGUAAAAUUGAAGAAAAAGCUUUAAAACAGAUUAGGCCAAAUUUUGAUUGCCCAAACUUUACGAAACUUCGUCAGAACAUUUUUCCCAAUAAUAUCUCGGCUGAGUUUGAAACUUGCGUCAGGUAGGAUCAAACCCUAGGUCAAAUUAAAGAAAAAGCUUCAGAACACACUAGUAGUUGUACUUUUUGGGCAUAAUUGUUAUGAAACUUUAUUAGAAUAUUUGUAUAAAUGAUUUCUCUGUUGAGGGAAAUGUGUUUCGAGUUGAUUGAAAAGCAUAAUCAUCUUGAGACUGUUGGUAUCCUUAUGCUCAGUGUUUCUUUGGGGCUGGGCGCUAUUUGUGAGAUUUGAUAGAUUUUUUUACAAAUAUUUUGUUGGUGUGUGAUUUUUGAUAAAUGUUCUGUUGGUGUGAGAAAAUCUAUGUAUAUAUAUAUUAUGAUUAUGAGGCAUACAGUAUUAUAUUAAGGCAGAUUAUAUGAGAGCUGUAGUUCCUUUUGAGUGAUUCAUAUGUAUGUAUAAUCUUUCAUACAAUUUCUGAGGAACAAAGAGAUGAAAAUGACUUUGCAAUAUUUUGGAAGAAGGCACAUAAAAGAGAAUGCAAGCUUUUUUUUUUUAAUUGAUCAGCACAUGGUUGAUUGUUGGUUUUGCCUUAUUUGUGUUUUUUUAACCUCAGAUAAAAGUUAAUUGUAAUGGUUUGUGUUAUAAAGUUUAAUACAAGAGGCUCACAGUUAUUAACAUCAUUGUUACUUUUUUUUCGGUCAAUUAAUCUGUUGGAAGAUGGCCCCAUACACUCUUUUAUUAGCUCAUCUAUUUUUUGAAAAAAAAUUAUGAGCUAUUGUCAUCACCUUGGCGUCGGCGUCUGCGUCGGCGUCCGGUUAAGUUUUGCGUUUAGGUCCACUUUUCUCAAAAAGUAUCAAUGCUAUUGCAUUCAAACUUGGUACACUUACUUACUAUCAUGAGAGGACUGGGCACGCAAAGUUAGAUAACUCUGGCGUGCAUUUUGACAGAAUUAUGUGCCCUUUUUAUACUUAGAAAAUUGAAAAUUUUGGUUAAGUUUUGUGUUAAGGUCCAUUUUAUUCCUUAAGUAUCAAAGCUAUUGCUUUCAUACUUGCAACACUUACUAACUACCGUAAGGGGACUGUGCAGGCAAAGUUAUGUAACUCUGACUGGCAUUUGGACGGAAUUAUGGGCCCUUUAUACUUAGAAAAUUGAAAGUUUGGUUAAGUUUUGUGUUUUGGUCCACUUUACCCCUAAAGUAUCAUAGAUAUUGCUAUCAUACUUGGAACACUCGCAAACUAUCAUAAGGGUACAGUAAACGGACAAGUUGCAUAACUCUGGAUGUCAUUUUUACGGAAUUAUGGCCCUUUUUUGACAUAGUAACUUUGAAUAUAUGGUUAAAUUUUGUGUUUCGAUCCACUUUACUUCUUAAGUAUCAAGGCUAUUGCUUUCAAACUUCAAAAACUUUCAUGCUAUAAUGAGGUUACUGUACCUGGCGAGUUGAAUUUUACCUUGACCUUUGAAUGACCUUGACUCUCAAGGUCAAAUUAUUAAAUUUCUCUAAAAUUGCCAUAACUUCUUUAUUUAUGAUUAGAUUUGAUUGAUACUUUGACAAAACUACUCUUACCUGACAUACCACAAUAGACUCCACCCAAACCAUCGCCCGUGCCCCCCC